AUGACCGACUCCAACAAACCUAUGAAAGUUUAUUCACAACCUCGUCCUCUUUCUCAUACUAUACAACAUGGUUCUCGUCCUCAAGUAACAACUAGACAUACUCAUAUUGGUCAUAUUCAUUACACUCCUCAUCCUCAACAUAGAGAAUAUAUUCCAACUACUGUAGAAUUGGUACCUGGUUAUUCUGAUGAGGGUAUACAAGAGAUAGAACAAUUUGAAAGAGCUCAAUCAUCAACACCUUCUUCUCAUUCUCAUCCCAAUACUCAUACUCAUUUCGGAAUCCCUUCUCAAGCUCAAUCCUCUUCUCAUCCACCCGAAUCAUCUUACUCUCAUCACAAAACGAAACAAUCUAAUCAAGACAAACAAACGAAAUCAUCUUCUGAACAAUCUUUUUCGACAGAUGAACGACAACAAACUCUACAUCAAUCUAGUAACUCUUCAUCGGAUGAGGAAGAAGAUGGGAAUGCAAGAGAAAAUGAAGAAAGAGAAGAAACUGAAGAAGAUGAAUGGGCUGCGGCUAGGGACGGUUCUAUACUACGUCGAAAACCAUGGCGUAGACCUAAACCUACUUGGAUAUUACCUUUCUUAGUUGGAGCUGCUUUGAGCGUCGGGAUGGGGAUAGCACCAAGGAGUGAAAUAUUCAUAGAUUUAGCAUGUUUGGCUCAUCCACCUCAACAAGCUCAACAACCAGUAUCAAAUCUUUUCUUUUCCCUCGACUCACCUCUCGCACCCUCUGCUCAUGAAAACCUUCCGUCAUUCCAUAUGACCCACGACGUCAUCAUCCCAGGAUAUCUGAGAAUCUUCGAGACGACUUCAGAUGUGUCCCAGAAAAUUAGAUCGGAAACUUCUUCCCUUGAACGUCCGGUAAAUGCGGAAGACAGUGAUUCGACCUCGUUCCUUAGGAAUGGAUCGAUCAAGACGGACGAAUCAGACAACUUGUCACCGGCAGACAAAUGGUUUCUCAAAAUCCAACAUGACAUGUGGGAAUAUCACCUUCAUCAUCCUUCACCACCACCUGAAAUUUCCGUACCAAAGACGACCAAGACUGUUAAACCUAUCCGACCGACAGAACCGUUACCUUAUCCCGGUCCAUCUCCAUCUGGACAACCACCAGAACAAUCUUCAGGGGAGAAGGAAAGAGAGGGUACUGGGGAUACUGGAAGGAGGAAUCAAGGACCUCCUUAUCGUGCUAUAGAUCCAAAGCUGUGUAAGGCGGAUCCUAAGGUACAGGCCGCUGCCGCAAAGUUGACUAUGAUAUUGACUUUAUCCAUGGGAACUCUCUCCGCACUCACUUGUGGUUUUUGGGGUCAGACUUCCGAUCGGAUCGGUCGGACCAAAGUCAUGGCUAUCAGCACUUGUGGACUGUUGUUCAACGAACUCACCUUCAUCAUCGUUGCCUCUUUCCCUCACCUCGCCCCCGGAGGCUAUCGAGCACUCCUCCUCGGACCCAUCGUAGACGGUCUCCUCGGUGGCUUUUCCACCCUCCAAGCGACUCUCCAUGCUUAUACGUCCGACGUCACUGCUGACGGUUCUCGUGCCGCUGUCUUCGCUCGACUAGCAGGUGCCAUGAUGACAGGUUUCGCCAUCGGACCUGUCCUCGGCACAUACAUAAUCGAACUCACUGGCAACCUCAUGUCCCCCUUCUACAUCAUUGCCAGCGUUCAUGCUCUCUGGGUCCCACUGUAUCUAUUUUUAUUACCUGAAUCUCUUUCUUCUGACGCACGGAACGUCUUGAAAAAGAAUGCAUCCAUAGCGAAAGAACAAGCUAUUCAGCGGGAUGAACAAGAGAGAGAAUGGGAAGAUGAAACUCCUGCUAUCGCUUCAGAAUCUGAUCCGUUCUUGAUACCGUCGAAUGACUCGGAUGGAAGAAGAUUAUCUUUCGCCAAUUCUGGUCAUUCGAAACGUCGGAAAAGAUUGGUGGGCAGUACGAAGAGAUUGCUUAGGAAAGCAACUGGGUUUGUGGAGCCGCUCAGCAUCUUUCUUCCUCGUAAAGUGGAAGGAAGAAGGGGGAGAGAUUGGAACUUGACUUUGAUGGGAGGAACAAUGUUUCUCAUGUCUAUGAUGUAUGGAGUUUUACAGGUCAAGACGCAAUAUGCUUUGUUUACUUAUGGUUGGACGUCGGCUGAACUUGGACCGUUCAUGUCACUCGUAGGAUUCAGUAGAGGUUUCGUCCUUCUUGUCGGGAUUCCCAUCGAAAAACCCCCAAUACCUCAUUCAGCAAUCCUAGACCUGUACACCCUUCGUAUCUCCUUGUUAAUCUCUAUAAUCUUCUUCAUCCUUCUCUCUCUCGGUCCUUCACCAAGUGUUUACAUCCUUUUAUCAUUCUUGAUAACUUUCGGUGCUGGUGAUACUCCAGCUGCUAAUUCACUCGCUUUAGCCCUCAUACCACAUUCUUCUCAAGCUGGAAGGUUAUUCGGAGCUUUGAGCGUUUUACAUGCAUUAGGAACUACUUUGUUAAGUCCUUUAUUAUUCGGAACUCUUUUCGCUUUGACGGUUGGGAAAUGGACUGCGGCUGUUUUCGCUCUAUCAGCUGGGAUAUUGGGAGUGGCUUUUGGCUUGGUCAUGCUCGUCAGGUUGAGAUGGGAGGAAGAGGAGGUGGAAAGAGGGAGGAGUAGGACUGUUAAGAAAGUUUUGAGUGCUAGGAGGAGAUGA